CGCGCGCUGGAGAUUCACGCACCAUGCAUCUCACACGCUGGUGCGUCUCUUUACAUGAUCUUUUUUUUACAUGAUGAUUCCGUCCAGUGUGUGAGAAUGCUCUUGGCGAUUCAUGUGUAAUAUCAUCUAUAUGUCGCUUCUGUAAGCUCGUAGAUUUACGGUAAUCACCAGCCGUAUUCUUUGUUGCACUGGAGGAAAUUUCUUUGUUAAAACAAAAUAAAAUGGAUAGCACACACAAGGACGAAACAUUUGAAUCACUCGAGGAAGAGGAGGUGGACCCGAGAAUUCAGGGAGAGCUUGAGAAGUUGAAUCAGUCUACAGAUGACAUCAAUAGAUGUGAAACUGAGCUUGAGGAUGCCAGGCAGAAGUUUCGCUCAGUGCUGGUGGAUGCCACUCUAAAGAUGGAUGAGCUGGUGAAGAAGAUUGGGAAAGCAGUGGAAGAAUCAAAACCGUACUGGGAGGCUCGGCGGGUGGCACGACAGGCUCAGCUGGAAGCACAGAGAUCCACACAGGACUUCCAGAGGGCUACAGAGGUACUGCAGGCGGCCAAAGAGACCAUCGCCCUGGCUGAACAGAGGCUGCUGGAGGAGGACAAGAGGCAGUUUGACUCAGCCUGGCAGGAGAUGCUUAACCAUGCUACACAGCGAGUGAUGGAGGCAGAGCAGAUAAAAACACGCAGUGAGCUGCUGCAUAAGGAAACAGCAGCCAAGUACAAUGCAGCCAUGGGCCGUAUGAAACAGCUAGAGAAAAAACUCAAACGCACCAUCAACAAGUCCAAGCCCUACUUUGAAAUGAAGGCCAAGUAUUACUUGCAGCUGGAGCAACUGAAAAAGAAUGUGGAUGACCUUCAGACCAAGCUUACACAGGCUAAAGGGGCAUAUAAAUCAGCUCUACAGAACCUGGAGAUGAUCUCUGAUGAGAUCCACGACCGCAGACGUUCCUUAGGUAUAGGCCCGCGGGAGAGAGGCGUGGGUUCAGAGGGUGAUGGCAUCAUUAGUGAAGACCUUUCGGGCUUCAAGAUGGAUUCUGAUGGAAUAUCAAUGGCAUCUGGCUCAUAUGAGGAUGAAAGCUGCAGCACUGGUGCCAUGUCUGAGGAAGACUCUGAGACCCAGUCCACCAGUAGCUUCAGUUCUGGACCAAACAGCCCUCUGGACAUAGCUUGCCCCUUCUCUUCCUCAUCAUCCUCUUCCUCUGCCUCCCCUGCCCCUUGCUCUCGUCCCUGCAGUCUGGAUCUGCCCAGCACCAUCUCAUUGACUGACUUCAGUCUGAUGUCUCCCAUCCUGGGCCCGCGUAGUGAAUGCAGCGGGGCCUCCUCCCCAGAGUGUGAUCAAGAGAGAGGUAACCGGGCCGAAGGGGCAGAGUCUGAACUUGGCAACGUUCUCAAAAACAACAGCAUCAGCAACACCAAAACAACCUUUGGCCUGGAUAGCCGUUUCCAUUUGCUAUCUCUAAAAUUCAGCCGGAUGGACACCAGAAAAAAUGUGGACCGAGGCCCUCUCGGUAUGGCUCAACAGUCCUCCCCAACCACACUGUUGCUCGAUGGGAUGUGACGGAACUAUCUGCUACACAAGAUUGAUGUAUUUAUCCACAUGCCAUGCAUGCUAGCGAGAGGCCUUAGCAACCAUCCAUCCUCUCCUUCAUCAGCAUCAUCCCAGCCCAUUCCUCUGACUGUCUAGAAUGAUCUGCCAACUUUCGGAUUGAAAUGUCACUCGAUCUGACAGGUGUUUGAAAAACACUGACAUGAUGUACUGCAGAGACAAAUCUGCCGCUUGGAGUAGCCUGUAAUUGAUGUGCUGUCUCAAGUGUAACGUCUAAAUAAAAGACAAAAAAGCACUCAAAAUCGUGAGCUUCAUGACCAUCGUAACAUUCGCAUGCAUUCCAGAUAUGAUCUAGAGUGUGAAGAGACAAUAAGUAGAAUUGUUUGUGUGAAUGGAGUAUAGGGGUCACAAAGUUCUUGAAAUCACUUGUUGUGGGAAAAAAAAGCACUUUUCACUGGAGGGCUUUAUGAAAUUCAUAAAAAUAACAGAUUAGAUAUAAUAUAGAUUUAUGCCACUCGUUGUCUUUCAUGUCUGUUGAAACGGUGUCAUAGAAUGGUAAAUAUACUUAACGGAGCCAUUUGUGUGGCGGUAUAAUGUUACUGUGUAGCUAGGACACCUGUGCAUGACUUUGCUUUAGCCUAGAGCUCAACAGACUCUCAAACAUACCUAUUACAGACAAAAAGAAGUGUCCAUCUUCAAAAAGAAUUCAAUAUCUUUUAAGGAACUUUAAAAUUCAGCUUUUUUCUGCAACAAGUUAUGAGGAAGUGAAGCCAAACACCUGCAUUACAGGUCACGUCCUCACUGUUAACUGGAAAUCUGCAGUCGUGGCGGGGUUUUCCAAUCCACACCUGCUCUUUUCACCUUUCUUUGUUCCUCCGAAUGCCAAAUGUAUGAGCCUUCCGAACACAGCUAGACAGUGUGCAUGCCGCACUAUUUUUCUAUGUAAAGGACCAUCAUCAAUUCUUUAUAACAUAAAUAGACAAAGAGCAAUAGAUGCAGAUUCACACUAUCUGUGAGUUUAAAAUAGAACAUGGAGGAUGGUUCAGAAAGGAGCAUAAUAAACUCUAUGGAUUAAGUUUUAUGGGGAACCACAGAUUUGGCUGGUCUUAGUGGUGGAUUGGUGUACUGAUGAGGUGGACACUUAUUGAAUGUUCCAUCAAGUUUCUAUGUACAGUAGUUGCUGCUGGAUUUAGAGAUGUACUUUAGGUCUAAUCAGUACAGUAGGUAGACUGUAAGGUGUUUGUGUAUGACCUUGUGUCUUUUUGUUUUUUUUUGCCUUCUCAAAAUGUUUUUCACCUGAUCAUUCUGUUUGUGGUCUGUUGCUAUUUUGAGAACCGAGGAUAAGAAAAGAAACCAUUUACCAGUAUUUUUAAGUGAUUUAUUGCAUUUAGUCUUUUGAUGUUUAUAGAGCUUGUGUAAUUGUUUUCAGACUUAAAUAAAAUAUGUACUGCAUUACUGUCAAUUGUAAUAAUUACUGUUAGCCGUGACUUCACCGCAGUUCGUAAAACAAUUAUGAAAAUAAUGCACAUGCAAUUAAAGUCUGGGUCAAGCAUAUCAUUGUUUCCCCAUAGACUUACAUUGUAAGUACAUUUCUGUACACACAAUGUUUUUUAAAUAUUGUUUCUAAGAUAAAUAUGUAUUUAAAGGAAAUUCCAGGUUCAAUACGUUAAGCUCAAUCAACAGCCUCUGUUUCUGGUGGGUUUAAAACCAAAAUAUGAAGCUUAUAGUUUUAUAAAAGCAAUUGCUUUAAUUAUUCUGUUAAAACGUGCUUUAUUUGAGAUGUAAAGUUGUUUAAAGUUGUCUUUUUAGGGGUUACAGUGUAAUGUUGUCAUGGAAAUGAAGAAAAAUUGGAUUUACACUGGUGGCCAAAGGUUUGGAAUAAUGUACAGAUUUUGCUGUUUUAGAAGGAAAUUUACAUUAAUUCACCAAAGUAGCAUUCAACUGAUCACAAAAUAAAGUCAGGACAUUACUGAUUAAAAAAAAAAACCAGCACGAUCACUAUUUGAAAAAUACAUUUUUGAUCAAAUCUAGACAGGCCCCAUUUUCAGCAGCCAUCACUCCAAACACCUUAUCCUUGAGUAAUCAUGCUAAAUUGCUAAUUUGGUACAACAGAAUCACAUGCCAUUAAAUCAAACACAGUUGAAAGCUGUUUGGUUCGUUAAAUGAAGCUUAACAUUGUCUUUGUGUUUUUGAGUUGCCACAGUAUGCAAUAGAUUGGCAUGUCUUAAGGUCAAUAUUAGAUAAAAAAUGGCAAAAAAAAAAACGCUUUCUCUAGAAACUCGUUAGUCAAUCAUUGUUUUGAGGAAUGAAUGCUAUACAAUGCUUGAAAUUGCCAAAAAACUGAAGAUUUCAUACAAAGGUGUACACUACAGUCUUCAAAGACAAAGGACAACUGGCUCUAACUAGGACAGAAAGAGAUGUUGAAGGCCAGAUGUACAACUAAACAAGAGGAUAAGUACAUCUGAGUCUCUAGUUUGAGAAAUAGAUGCCUCACAUGUCCUCAGCUGACAGCUUCAUUGAAUUCUACCCACUCAACACCAGUUUCAUGUACAACAGUAAAGAGAAGACUCCGGGUGCAGGCCUUAUGAGAAGAAUUGCAAAGAAAAAGCCACUUUUGAAACAGAAAAAGAAAAGGUUAGAGUGAGCAAAGAAACUGGACAUUGGACAACAGAUAAUUGGAAAAGCGUGUUAUGGAUCUUAACCCAUUGAGCUUUUUGUGGGAUCAGCUAGAAUGUAAGGUGUAUGAGAAGUGCCCAACAAGACAGCCACAUCUAUGGCAAGUGCUACAGGAAGCGUGGGGUGAAAUGUCACCCAAGUAUCUGGACAAACUGACAGCUAGAAUGCCAACGUAAUAAGAACUCUUAAGUUGUUCUAAAAAUGUUUUUCAAAUUGUAAUAUAAAAUAAAUUAAGUUAUUAAUGUCCUGCCUAUACAUUGUUAUCAGUUGAAUGCCACUUUGGUGAAUAAAAGUACCAACUUCUUUCCAUAAGUGCAAAAUCAGUACAUUAUUCCAUCAGUGUAUAUUUUAUAUAUACACACACAUACAUGCACACACACACAUAUAUGUGUGUGUGUGUGUGUGCUAAAUCCCAAAUGCAAUCAAAUCUUUAAUCAAAACCUUAAAUACAUUAAACAAGAUAACAUAGUACAAAUUAAUAGAAUACAAUAAAGUUAUACAUCUUAAAAUUGAGAUUCAUGCCAGUCUUUGGUAGUUAGUAGUAAAAUCUCAAAUACCAAAAUGCAGUAUCCAGCAUUAUAUCCAGCAGCGGGUCAGCUAAGACACAAUGCAUACAUGUGGCUUUUUUCCUAUAUCACUGGGGAAUCAUGAGAAGAGACAUUUGUAAUUACCCAUUAAUAAUCAUGACACGUUCCUCCAUUAACAUCUAUAGCUGCUGCAGAUAAAACGGAAAUGGCACGACUUAAAUAAAUAUUUUAGGUAUCUUUCGACUCAUGAUUAAUUGCAAACAUUUACAGUUAACUGCAAUUGAUCGCAGAUUUUGAAAGUGCUGAAAUUUGACUAUAUAUACUUUUCAUGUCAAAUGCAGUUAUUUACUUUAUGGGAAACAAAACAAAAUGUAAAAAUAAUGCCUUAUUAACACUUUCCAAACAAAGCCUUCCACAGUGUAUAGAUAGAAAUCAGGUUGACUAAUUGAAAGAACAAAUCCCCAUAGGUUUGUAAAUGAUUGAAAUGUGCAUUAAAUCUCUGAAACCCUCAUUCUCCACAAUAUUAAUUGGCUGGCAGGCUGUGGCUAUCCACUUUGGAUAUGGAAUUCACAUGAUUCACAUCAGGGUGUCAAGUGCCUCUUUGAACUCCACAUGAAGAGCACUGCAGACAGUAGCUAGGGUUCCAUGCAACUAUUUUUAGAUGAAUACUGAAAUUGCACAUAAGAAAACCUAAAUGGAAAUGCUUGAUAUGCGAAUAAACUCUCAACAUUCGCUUAAAAGUGUAUGCGCUAGGAUGUGUUGGAUUUUCUGAAGUUUCGAACAAUGUUUAAGUUUUGUAUAAUUCAAAAUGCGAAUUAAGGUGAUGGGAAUGUUUUAUUCACUUAAACGAUGAUGUGUUAUGACCAAUUGUAAAGCGUGAUGGCAAUGAGCUCAUCGGUUGGCAUAGGAGUGCGAUAGCUUAAAGUGACUAUCCCAAAAAAUGGCCCGAUCAUGGCACAUGAUUCUUCUUUUAUUCUCUUUUUUUAAACAUUUAAUCAUCUUUCCUUCACAAUUUUGGAAUGCCAAUUUUCCACUACUAACUAGGUCCUCGUGGUGGCGUGGUUACUCACCUCAAUACGGGUGACAGGGGACAAGUCUCAAUUUCCUCCGCUUCUGAAACCAUCAAUCCGUGCAUCUUAUCACGUGGCUUGCUGUUCAUGACACUGCGGAGGCUCAUGCUACUCUUCCGUGAUCCAUGCACAACUUACCACGUGCCCCAUUGAGAGCGAGAACCACUUAAUCAUGACCACAAGGAGGUUACCCCAUGUGACUCUACCCUUCCUAGCAAUCGGGUCAAUUUGGUUGCAUAGGAGUCCUGACUGGAGUCACUCAGCACACCCUGGAUUCAAACUCAUGACUCCAGGGGUGGUAGUCAGCGUCAAUAAAAAAUAUAUUCAAACAUAGCCCUGGUUAGUCGGAAGUGCUUAACCUACAGCUCGUCAUUAAAGUGAG